AUGCCAGGUACAAGGUUAAAUGCAUGGCAAAAAUCCCACUUAUCGCACAACGUUCUUAUAGAGCUACUUCCACAAAUGGAAUUCCUAAGGGUGCUAAGCCUAGCUAAUUAUUCAAUCAAAGAGGUACCAGAUUCCAUUGGUAGUCUCAAACAUUUACGGUACCUCAAUUUUUCCAACACGUAUAUCAAAUGCUUACCUGAGCAAGUAGGUGAGCUUUUUAAUCUACAGAGCUUAUUGUUGUCUGGUUGUUGUAAGUUAUGUACCUUGCCGAACAGUAUUGUAAAGUUAAUAAACCUGCGACACCUUGACAUUAGUGAUACUCCCAAAUUGAACAAGUUACUGUUACAAAUUAGUGGGUUAACGGGUCUACAAACUCUACCAAAAGUCAUUAUUGGGGGAGCUAAUGAGUUUAAGAUAUCCGAUCUUAAGGGCCUAAAGCAUCUUCAAGGCCAACUUUCAAUUGAGGGGCUGCACAAAGUGGAAGAUGCUCUACAUGCAAAGGAGGCGAACUUACAACAAAAAAAGAGUAUCUUUGAUUUGCAGAUGAAAUGGAGUAUGGACUUUGAUGGUUCCCGAAAUGGGAUAACCGAAUAUGAAGUACUUGAAGCGUUAAGGCCUUUUGUGAAGUUGAAAAGCCUCAAGAUUGUGUAUUACGGUGGAACAAAGUUUCCUAGUUGGGUCGGGGAUCCCUUAUUUUUUUGCUUAACCGAACUUACAUUACGUGAUUGUAGAAGUUGUACAUGUUUACCAACACUUGGACAUCUACCGUCACUUCAAAAGUUUUUUGUUGAAGGCAUAUAUGGGUUGAAAAGUCUGGGUUUGGAGUUUCUUGGCCCUUCUUCUUGUCAUGGCGUUGCAUUUCGAUCACUUAAAGUUUUGGAGUUUAAAGAUAUGAAGGGCUGGGAGGAAUGGUCAACUAUUGGUUGCGAGAAAUCUAGAGUGUUUCCUAGACUUCGUAAGAUAUCUAUAGAAAAAUGUCCAAAGCUAGAUGUAGUGGCAAUGGAGUUAAUACCGUCACUCCGGUUUUACAUGUAA